CUCUCACCUUCUCAAAAUCCCUCUUGAUACGGAUUUGUGGGAUUUCUUUUCAGCAGGAUUCAUCAUCUCUUCGCCAUAAUGACACAAAAACAACAACUACAAGAUCACAUUUAAGCUCAAAUCGUGAACGCCAACGUGCCGCGCGCUCCGUACGCGCAGGGACAGAACGCACGCCCACGACAAUGCAACCAAUCAGGGAUGGAUUCCAAACACGUUCCGACCAAUCAGAGCGCGCAAUGAGGCGCGCGCUGGGCGGGCCUUGGUCCGCUCGGAGAGGGGGACGCAGAGACGGCUGAGGAGAGGCGGUUUGUUGGGAUCCGGUGCCACUCGUUGCGCGUCCUUAUAAUUUGGAGAGGUGUAUGCAGCGCACGGCCCGCGCGCCUUUCCAGGUGGAAAUCCAGGAGGAGCUGAGAGGCAAUCUUAACUGGGACGACUGCUGAACCCGGUUCAGGACAGUUGAAAUUCCCAGCAGGCUGCGUUUAAGGCCGCAGGAUCGAUUCAGGUGUGCGGACCCGCAGCGCAAAUCUCUGAUCAUGGAUAGACUCCGUGGGCUGAAAGCAGGAGGUCCAUCCAGCUAGUCGGGAAUUUUCAGGAAUAUUCCGUUGGAUCCAGCUCCUUAUGUCUAGUGUGAGGCUGUUUAUUUUAAUUUUAAUUUUUUUUAAUUGGCGGUUCACAAUGAAAUCCAAGCGAAGCCGAGAGGAGUCGGUCAAGCUGUUGCGUUGAGCUGCCAUAUUUUAUUCGACUGAGGACGCAGUGGGAAUAACGAUUUUGGAACAAGCGCAAACAUGAAGGAGAAAUCCAAAACGGCCGCAAGGACUAGACGGGAAAAGGAGAACAGUGAAUUUUACGAACUGGCUAAAAUGUUGCCUUUACCGUCGGCCAUCACGUCUCAGCUGGACAAAGCCUCCAUCAUCAGGCUGACAACGAGCUACCUGAAGAUGAGGAUUGUGUUUCCUCAGGGUCUUGGGGAGGCGUGGGGUCAUACUAGUCGAACAAGAUCUUUGGACAAUAUCGGACGGGAGCUUGGUUCUCAUUUACUGCAGACAUUAGACGGGUUCAUCUUCGUUGUGGCUCCAGAUGGGAAGAUCAUGUACAUUUCAGAAACGGCGUCGGUCCAUUUAGGACUGUCUCAGGUAGAGCUGACGGGGAACAGCAUUUAUGAAUACGUUCAUCCUGCCGACCAUGACGAGAUGACGGCGGUGCUGACGCCACAUCAGCCGUAUCACUCCCACUUUGUACAAGAAUAUGAAGUGGAACGUUCCUUCUUUUUGCGGAUGAAGUGCGUGCUGGCUAAAAGAAACGCAGGACUGACCAGCGGGGGGUAUAAGGUUAUCCACUGUAGCGGCUACCUGAAGAUCCGUCAGUACAGCCUGGACAUGUCUCCGUUUGAGAGCUGUUACCAGAAUGUGGGCCUCGUAGCUGUGGGACACUCUCUACCACCCAGCGCCGUGACGGAGAUAAAACUUCACAGCAACAUGUUUAUGUUCAGGGCCAGUCUGGAUAUGAAGCUCAUCUUCCUGGACUCUAGGGUGGCUGAGCUGACAGGUUAUGAGCCACAGGACCUUAUAGAGAAAACGUUGUACCACCAUGUCCACAGCUGUGAUAUCUUCCACCUCCGCUGUGCUCAUCACCUCUUGCUGGUUAAAGGCCAAGUCACCACAAAGUAUUAUCGUUUUCUGGCCAAGCAAGGUGGUUGGGUCUGGGUCCAGAGUUACGCCACCAUCGUCCACAACAGCCGAUCUUCUAGACCUCACUGCAUCGUCAGUGUCAACUACGUCCUCACGGACACGGAAUAUAAGGGGUUGCAACUUUCCUUGGACCAAAUGAGCCCGACCAAACCGGCCUUCCCUUAUGCGGAAAGCCACAACGAAGACAGGAAGAGCACAAAGUCCCGUCUGACCCAAUCAAAGGCUAAAGCAAGAGUGUCGCCUUACCCACAGCAGUUUUCAGCUUUCAACCCAGAGCGUUCAGAGUCGGACCAAGACAGUCAGUGGGGAGGGAGCCCCUUGACGGACUCAGCCUCUCCUCAGCUGUUGGAUCCCAGCGAGGCUGCAGAGGCGUCCUGCGCCUACAGACUGUAUCCGGACUCAGGUUCUCUGUGCUACGGUCUGGGCUUAUCUGAUGAUGAUCUUGCCCACGCUCAAACUCGUCCCCACACCGCCUCCACCUGUGACCGCGUUCGGUGCCAAAGUGGCCGCUACUUUCUGGGAACCCCUCAGUCUGGGAGAGAGAUGUGGUGGGACACCACACGCUCUGUGCUCUCACUUCCCAAAUUCUCAGCGGAGAACAGCGAGGGCUAUGAAAUCACAUCCUACCAUGGCGCCAUUCAUGGACGGGGCCACUGGGAUGAAGACAGUGUAGUGAGUUCGCCUGAUGGAGGUGGAUCAACCAGUGAUUCUGGUGAGCGUUACCACGGCGACCAAUUCCAAGCAAGCCCCCGAGAGCCAAGCAAGAUGGAGACCCUGAUCCGAGCCACGCAGCAAAUGAUUAAGGAGGAAGAAAGCCGUUUACAGCAUCAGAAGGUUCUACUGGAUGUCUCAGGUCUCAGCAAAACUCACAGUCCAUGCUUCCCUUCCUCCCUGCCCCACCACUCUCAGCUCACCAUGCCCAGCGUGGUGUGCCGUGGUCCCAGCGCCCCCAGUAUCGACCUCCCAACUGAACGCCUCCAUCACCGGGACAGCAUCAAACAGCUCGGGCCUCACGACAACGACGAAAACACAACCAGUCCUGCUUCUUUGUCUCGUCUCAGCAGCCCCGGCUCGGAUGGAGUCCCCAGAUCGGGCCUUCCUCUCACCAAAGACUACAUGCCGACAGAUCUGUCCCCCCACCCUCCACAAUCCCAGGGAAGUCCACUCCUUUACCCGGCCCAGGAGAGGCAGCCACUGGACAGGCAAGCCGCUUACGCCUUGGCUGGGUACUCCCUGGAGCACCUCUAUGACCCAGAGAACCUGAGAAGCUACUCUAGCCUCACAUGUGGAGGGGUCCAGUACGAUGUGGCGUCUCACGUCAGAAUGCAGGCUGAGCAGAUACAGGGACACAAGGCAACCUCAGUCAUCAUAACCAAUGGCAGCUGACAAUAUCUGGUCCAGAUAGGUCACGUUGUCUGAAUGUUGGCGUUAGCGGUAUGCAUGGGUGCUUGAUUCAAAAACUCUGACUUAAGGAUUCAAGACGCCUGAUGUUCUGUUCAUCUUCUGUUGUAAAGACCUGUUUACUUUUGCUCAUCACCAGAUGUUAUUCCCAGUAGUCAAAGGAUCUUGGGAUGUCCUUCCCUGCACCGACUUAGCAGGAAGACGCUGUGUUAUUUAAACAGUGAUGAACCGAUUCACCCUCCCCCAUCCGUUAAAGGCUGGUUAAACAUCAAGCAACUGCCUCGCAUCAUUGGCCACCUGAGUUAAUCAGUCCUGGAUGUGAUUUCCAAAGACUGCAGGAAAAUGUGCUGUCCCAUUGCCCCUUAACCCAAAAACUCCACCGCACAAAACACGACGUUUGACACGAAAAGUGCAAAAAUCAAACACACAGAGAGACAGAGAGAGAGAGAGAGAGAGAGAGAGAGAGAGAGAGAGAGAGAGAGAGAGAGAGAGAGAGAGAGAGAGAGAGAGAGAGAGAGAGAGAGAGAGAAGUGUUUUGCUAUUGUACGAUGUCAAUGUUUCUUAGUAUUUAUUUGUCAGUAGGCUGUUUUCUGCAUGUGUCAUUUUUUUCUGAAGACAUUAAAUUAGUUUUAGUGUUUGGAUCACAUCAUUCUUGAAAUAUUAGAUUAAGAAAGAGCUAAAGUGGAAAAACACAACGAACAAUUGCUGAUGCUCUCUACUAAAACGCCCUCAUUAUAAGCAAAACCAGUUUGUCCACAAAACAUUGGCGGCAACUAACUUGUGUCUACAAUACUUUUCUUUUACAUAGAAGAAUAUUUUGGUGUUUUUGUUUUUGCCCACUUAAUCUGGCUAAAAUAUGCUGUAAAACUUUUAAAUUAUGUCUAGAACUUUUUCCAAGGCACGGCAGCCUGAAAGGUUCAAAUGAUUGAUCCAAACAUCUCUAAAAGAAGAUGGAUGUCUUUAGUUUUCAUAUUUAUGAUGUAAAUAUAAUCACACGAUGAACUUUUGCAAAAAAAAAGUGACAAAGUUAUUUAUUAAUUGGUUCCAAACGUCUCUUAAAUCUGAAUACAGUUUCCAAACAAAUAAUCCUUGUCUGGUUAUUUUUUUGCGUGUUUUAUAAACACACUCACGCAC